AUGCCAUCCUACCCGCUGUGGUCUUCGGACUGGGAGGUCGUGGAGCAUGGAGUACUUCUCUUGUGGAGAGACGUGUGGGACCACCUGCAAGGACCCAACGAAGAUCUGUCGUCGUUGGCACGUUUCACGGCCAAUUCAAAGAUGUGGACCACGUUGAGCUCGCUUCUCGGUUGCGCCCACCCUCGAGUAGAACUCGCCGUGGUGCAUUGUUUGUCUGGUUUGUUUUCGCGGCAGCCACAACUGUCUCAACUCAAGUCGCACAUUCAACUCCAAGAAAGUCUGGUCGCCACCCAUUGCAUCGAGAAUCUCUGUGUAAAACUCAUAUCCCCGUACGACAUGGCAAACCCCACGGCGCGGGAAACGCAGGAACUCGUGGCGCUGACCAUGAUCAACAUAUGCAAAGCGUCUCAUCAUGUCGAUCGCGUGUGUGCUGCAGGUGCGAUGGACGCAUUUACCUUCCUUGUCCUCCAAGACGAGCCCUUACGACUAAAAGUUGAGUCGUCCGACAUCAUCGAUCACGUCCAUCGCAUGCAGGAAGCAUCGCUGCAAUGCAUCACACUCUGUGUGGAGCACUCCAUGGCAUGCCUGGAAGACUUCGACCACACAGACAUACUCGUCCACGUCCUUGCCCAUUACGUGCUGGACCACCAGCGUAACUCUCCGCGCCGCGUCCAGGUUGGCAUGACACUCCUCGCCUCCUGCAUGAACCACCAGCCCCUCAUAUGCAGGCUUCUCAUCCAUCAUGGACUACUCCAGGCGCUGACUUCGAUGUUGCAAGCCUCUGUCCACCUCCAAAUGUUGGCCUUGGAAGCCCUGAAGUACCUAUUGACAUGCAAAUCCAAACAUGACAACAACAUUUCUCGUGAGACCGUGGCGCACCUUCGUAUGUCUGGGGGCCUCAUCUACCUCGCAUGGUUGGCUUGUGCUCAUGCAAACUCGAACGUUGAACGAGCCGCGACCAAUGUGUUCGCAGCUAUUGUACAAUGGGCCAAUGCCAGCGACGAAGGCGGCGUGCUGGCACAGGACCUCGUGGAGCAGGGCUGUUUGCUGCUCCUUGUACAACGCCAAGACUCCCCAACCUGGCUAUGGCUCCUAGCACAGCUCAGUGGCGAGGACAGCUCCAACCAUCUCGUGUCGGCAGCUGUGCGGUCUACCAACGACCUCUUGCGCACGAAUGUCAUCGUGGGACUUUGUGUUAUGACCAAACUCACGAUGGCCUCCUCGGACGAAUGGUGGCCAUCCGUUCAAUCCGUGUUGAUGGACAGCUCGAACACGGCUAUCUGGUGCCACGUGUUGCGUGUGCUAAUUGAGUUGUGCUGUCCAGUGACCAUCAAGUCGACGUGCUACGACGACCGUCCAAAUGUUGUGCCGCGGCUACCGCUGCCAUUUCUGCAUGGCUCGUUGCUGACGCUGACGUGGCCAAGUCAAACUAAAUCUGUCUCCAAAUCUGCCAUGAUGCAGAACAGUGCUGCCGUGGCGACGAUGCUGUACGCGGAUGCCACGUGCGCUACCAUUCCCAUGCCCCAUGCUAUCCCAUCGCAUUGCAUGGAUUACUUCCUCCAAAUGUGUCAGCGCACCACUGCAUCGCCAGUCAGUCGUGUCGAAGCCAUGGAUUGCGCCGAUCUACUCGACUUGGCGUCCGUCGCGCAAAAAAUGGGCAUGCUAGCUCUGCUGAGUUCCGUUGAAGAUGCGUUGAAAGUGCAGUACUUCCCCCAUCAGGUCGCUCGCGUGCUACGAGACGCAGUGUCCAUGCGCAUCCCAUCGGUUGUGCUGAUUUGCCUCCAUGCAAUGCAAUCCCUCCCAAGCCCCACCACCGCCGACGACGACGACGCCACUGCCCUUGCCAUCGGCAUGUUGCUUGGUUAGUUGUAACCGUAAUGUUAUCCGGACGCGUUGGUCAUCG